AUGAAGAGAUACAAGAAGAUAGCGGCCAUGAUAGUACUUGGCGCUGGCAUGCUGGUGAUCGUGUGCGCGGUAGUUAAGAGCUUCUAUCUCAUCAGUGAUCCCCAUAACAGCGCCGAGCUCACAGCGUCUUGGGGCACUCGUGAAACCUUCAUCGCCAUCUUCACCACCAAUCUGCCUAUGAUCUUUCCCCUACUCAAGAACUGGUUCGCUCCUUUCCUGUCCAGUACGAUCGGAUCGAGCAAUUCAAAGCCACAAAAGCCGCCUCCAGGCAUUGACUUCAGAACCAUAGGUGGUGGCUUCGGUGACGGUGGCUUAGGUGUCGCGAGAAUCAGCCGAGCGGCGCCACACAGGGUACGCCGCAACACUACAGAUCUGACUUUUGACAACGAUAGCGAAGAGCAUAUCCUAAAUGGAGAACAGUUAAGGCUUCAACAAAUGCAAGGCGCUACUAGUCAACAGCAAGGGAAGGAUGUGAUUGUCGUAACAGGUCAGCUCAACUUUAAGUCUGAACACCGCAGCAAUGCACAGAGUAAGGAGUCAUUCCAGGUCAUGUAG